AUGGCCAUGAGUUCAUGUGGCACCUAUGAAGGUGCAGGCAAUUUGUUUUGGGUGAACCUUAAGUGGAGCGCCACUCCCAAAGUGCCUGUGAACGAGAAGGGGGUCGACAACUUCAGGCAGCAGCACUUCUCUUCACCGAAACGAUGGAUCAAGCAGCCGAUGAUCAUUGCUGUGGAAGAGAGCAUGACCUUGCAUUUUGGAAACUUGACCCGAGUGACACCAGAAGAAGCUGAUCACGCUUUGCUGCUGGCUGUGUCAGGGGCCAUUGAUGCCGGUGAGGAUGAACAGGUUUUGAGGCAGUGGCGCGCUGUGCUGCUCACAGUGCCAAUGAUCUUUGAGAUCCUGCCCACGAAUGACCAGAAGUUCUUCAGGGUCAAUCUCCGGAAUGAAAUCAUCACAGACUUUGAUUCUUUGGCCCGAAACACCGCGCAGCGGAUCUAUGAGCUGAUGAGCUUCAAGCACGCCAAGGAAACGACCAUGAAGAGAAAGCUUGAAGUUCCUGAACUAUACACCAUGUGGUCUGAACAGGUCACUGAAUCGAAGGCCAAAAUUGCUGAGUUGGAAAAGGUGACAGAAUCCUUCUGCAGAGACGCAGUCACCAUCUACGAACGCCUCCUGAAUGUGCCAGAGCUGCGGGCACGCUGCUUGGCCUUGGAUUCCGCUUAUGGCAAGGCUACUAACAAAGGCAAGAAAGGCUUGUACGAACUGUGGGUGCUGAAGUAUGAGCUGAAGCAGCACUUGCUGGGCAAGUUCCUCGACCUAUUGAAGUUGCCUGGGAAGGAGAGCGAAUAUUUAAGAGACGCCCUUCUCAGCCACGACCAGUUUCGCGAGAAGACGCGAGACCGCUCCUGGCAAGGCACUCUCAGUGAAACUGGCCGCCUGCUCUUCAACUUGGUUCAGGCCCUGGUCUAUCAGCAGCAGCACGACGGCUCCCUGAGAACUUCCUUGAAGGGCACGAGCGACGUUGCCGAGGUUGUAGCCACCAACCCGAUCCUCACUGCCAGCUUGGAUGAAAUCAAGGUCUCCCUGAGCGAGUUGUUGGGCGAGAAGUGGGCUGAUGUGUCCGCUGAAGAUUCCACAUCGCUGGAGGAUUGGAGAGAGUACGUCGCCCAAAUGACGGAACAGUUCGUUACCUUCACCAUCGACGACAACAGUUUGAGAACAAGUGAGUUUGGGGACAAAUUGACCUCAACCGUGCUCCCGAAAGUGGAUGGUCCUGUGCUGGCUAUCUACGAUGUCAAGACAUCUGGCGAGUCCUCCUCGAACCCGAAUGUCCGGCAGCCGCCAUUGAGAGCAAACCACCUGAAGCGCUCUCUUCAAGCCUUUGCACAAUGCCGGCAGAAGCCUGGAGAAGAGGGUGAGUUGCGAGAAGGUGACUUCUUUUUCAUUUUUGAUGGCGGCAAGUCCGGCAACGAGAUGGCCAUCAACAACGCCUUCCUGAAGAUGGAUGGGUCGCACAUGGAGAAGCAGAAGACGACCUACACCCUGCUGACUGAUGAGGAGUCUCUCAAGGACCGCCGCGAGCGGACGAGGGGCUUUGUGCAGCAGGAUGAGCGAAUCUACGUCAUGUCGCGGUUGCCCUUGAACAUGCCCAAGGUGACCCGCAAGUUCUUCCCAGGAAGCAACUAUGGAUCUUGUCUGGGCCCAGUGAAGGCACCUGCCUACUUAGACCCGUGUUGCUGGAGGCUCACCUUGGAAGAGAAGGGUCAGUUGUACGGCCGAGACGGGAAGAUACUGGUCGGUGGACCUUGCGAAGAGCCCUCGCCGAAACCGCCCAGCGAGGACUCGAGAGAGCCCGUCUCAUGGCACUUCAUGAACCCGAAGAUCUUCGGCGAGCUCCUCCACAGCUUCAAGCCGAAGGCUGUUGUGAAGUUCACGGACAUAGACCACAACUGUGCCAUCGAGUGCCUGAAAGCCAGAGUUCCCUUGGUAUCGUGCUGCUUCACCGCUGCUCACGCUUCUUUGCUGAAGAAGAAGGUCAUCUGCGAGUUGUGGAAAGCCCUGUGCGAUGAAAGCAUUCCAGAGCUCUAUGACGUUGGCCUGGCGCAGCUGGUCACGAAGAAGGCUGCUGAUGCCAACGUUGCUGCCGGUGGGAAGAAGCGCAGCGGCCCGGAAGCAUCUGGCCAGGAGAGUGCAGGAAAGGGCCCAGGAAACAAAGAUAGCAAAGGAGGAGCAGCUGGCGAACCUGCCAAUCCCAAAAAGCCGCGCACUGGAGGGCGCCCGUCUGGAGUCAACGCAGAAGCGGCUGAGAAGGCGCGAGCGCUGCUGCUCAACAAACUGAUGGGCAAGACUGAUGGCAGCGCCCCCACUACCGGCUGA